AUGUUUUCUAUCCGCAUACGAUCCUUCAACUCCCUUUCUACUCCGAUUAACAAGAUCCGCCAUAGCUUCUCCCACAAUAUAUCGUCUCUUCCAAGUCUGUCCGCCGCGAGUGUCCCUUAUCCGAUCCCAAGGGAUCCCUCAUCGCGUCCCCUACCGCCGCAUCAGGAGGUCAUGUGGAAACUCGAUUGGUCUGCCUCUCAUAUACACGCGAGAGUCAUGAUGAUGAUCAAGCUAUCGAAUCUCGAUGCGGCGGCGGAUCAGGCGCGUCUCACAGUCUUGGCGGCGAGAGGCCGAUCAUUGUCUUCUGUCACGGCCACCGGAACCUGCGACGCAAUCAUCGGCGCCAUGUGUAGCGAGGGACGGUACAGCGACGCAUUUGAUUAUUUCCAUUACUUUUUCAACGAGUCAAACCUGAAACCCAACAUCUCCUGCUGUAAUCACAUCAUCGGAGCUCUUUGUCACGAUCACGAAGGUGGAGUUGAUGAAGCUAUACGAUUUUACCGCCAUUUAUUGGUCAAAUCUCCCUUUCAUCCGAACGAAGAAACGUAUAGCCUCUUGGCUAAAGGAUUGGUUGAUACCGGAAGGGUUAAAGAAGCAGAGGAUUUGAUCAUGGAGGUGAUGUCGAGCGAAGCCGAAUUCCAACUGAGUCCGUUGGUUUUCAAUCACCUGAUUCGUGGAUUUUUGGAUCAGGGGAAACUGGAAACGGCCAUUGAAGUUUUCAAAGAUCUGAAACAGAGGGUGGUUUCGUCUAUAGAUGAUGAAGUUUCCGACUUAAUUCAUUUUAUCAUCGAUGAGGACUACAAUGGAAUUGCUAUGGUGAAUGCUACGUUCAUAGAUUAUUGGUUCAAACAAGGAAACGAUAGCGAAGCUACCAAGUGUUACACAUCUUUGUUAGGCAAGAAAUUCAUAAUGGACGCAAAUACUGGGAAUACGCUUCUGCGAAUUCUGCUCAACCACGGAAAGAAAACAGAAGCUUGGGCAUUGUUUGAUCGGAUGCUGGCGAAACGUGAUCGUCAUCCCGUCCAGUUUGAUGCAGAGACCUGUAAUAUAAUGGUCAACGAAUGUUUCAGAAACUCGAGGUUUAACGAAGCAGUCGAUACUUUUCAGAGAGUCGUAACCACCAUCAAUGGUUCACAACUCUGUUACAGGAACAUAAUCAGUCGAUUCUGCGAACAGGGGAUGUUGUCUGAAGCAGAGAAUUUCUUUGAAGAUAUGUGUUCCAAGCAGUUCAUCAUCCCAGACAUCCCCACUUAUAGGUUAUUGCUCGAUGCCUAUGCUAAUGCAGCGAGAUUCGAUGAUGCCGUACGAAUGGUGAACCUUACUGUUGAUGCGAAUCUCAAGUGUAUUGCAAAGUUUUGUCCCCUAUGA